AUGGCGACGACUCAGACUCCCAGCAAGUACGUCACUCUUGUGUCGGGCGACGGCUUCGAGUUUGUGGUGCUGCGCGAGGCAACCAUGGUCAGCCCGAUCAUCAAGGGCAUGCUCGAACCCCGAAGCCAAUUUGCCGAGGCUAUUGAUGCUCGAUGCGUGUUCCAGGAAAUGAGCGCCUUGGUCCUCGACAAGAUUGUAGAGUACUUUCACUACUGGUACCAAAACCGCAACAGCCAAGACGUGCCCGACAUGGAGAUAUCGCCAGAGAUUUGCCUCGAGGUGCUGGCCGCUGCGGACUACCUGGGCUUGGACCAAGCUAUCAUGACAAACUGA